GAGUGACACAUUACUCCAGAGCACGUUGCUGGAGGCGCGAGCUGGGGUGUGGAGGCUGUUCGGGAGGGGGCUUCUGAGCGUCCAUCAAGGACCCGGAACGGAUAGGGCUUUGUCUGUGGCCUUCCAUGCAUAGGUUUUGAAAAGGCUUCAGGGCCUGUGAGGUUGUGUUUCCCUUUUAAGAUGCCCCUCUCAGACUUUAUUCUGGCCCUGAAGGACAAUCCGUAUUUUGGGGCUGGAUUUGGACUGGUGGGUGUGGGCACGGCCCUGGCCGUGGCCCGGAAGGGCGCCCAGCUAGGCCUGGUGGCAUUCCGGCGCCAUUACAUGAUCACACUGGAAGUCCCUGCUCGAGACCGGAGCUAUGCCUGGUUGCUGAGCUGGCUCACCCGCCAUAGUACCCGUACGCAGCACCUCAGUGUCGAGACCUCGUACCUUCAGCAUGAGAGUGGCCGCAUCUCCACUAAGUUUGAAUUUGUCCCCAGCCCUGGAAACCACUUUAUCUGGUAUCAGGGGAAAUGGAUCCGAGUGGAACGAAGCCGAGAUAUGCAGAUGAUAGACCUGCAGACGGGGACUCCUUGGGAAUCUGUCACCUUCACGGCUCUGGGCACUGACCGCAAGGUUUUCUUCAACAUCCUGGAGGAAGCUCGAGAUUUAGCCUUGCAGCAGGAGGAAGGGAAGACAGUGAUGUACACAGCCGUGGGCUCUGAAUGGCGCUCCUUUGGCUAUCCACGCCGGCGGCGGCCACUGGAUUCUGUGGUUCUAGAACAGGGCUUGUCUGAGCGAAUUGUCAGAGACAUCCGGGAAUUCAUCGAUAACCCCAAGUGGUACAUUGACAGAGGCAUUCCUUACAGACGUGGCUACUUGCUUUAUGGACCCCCUGGUUGUGGAAAGAGCAGUUUUAUCACAGCCCUGGCUGGGGAACUGGAGCACAGCAUCUGCUUACUGAGUCUCACAGACUCCAGCCUCUCCGAUGACCGGCUCAACCACCUGCUGAGUGUGGCCCCUCAGCAGAGCCUGGUGCUCCUGGAAGACGUGGAUGCUGCCUUUCUCAGUCGAGACCUGGCUGUGGACAACCCAGUAAAGUACCAAGGUCUAGGUCGUCUCACCUUCAGUGGACUGCUCAAUGCUUUGGAUGGUGUGGCUUCCACUGAGGCCCGCAUUGUGUUCAUGACCACCAACCACGUGGACAGACUGGACCCUGCUCUGAUACGCCCGGGGCGAGUAGACCUGAAGGAGUAUGUGGGCUACUGCUCACGCUGGCAGCUGACCCAGAUGUUCCAGAGGUUCUAUCCAGGGCAAGCACCUUCCUUGGCGGAGGACUUUGCAGGACGUGUCCUUCAAGCUACAACCCAGAUCAGUCCUGCCCAGGUGCAGGGCUAUUUCAUGCUGUAUAAGAAUGACCCUGCAGGGGCAAUUCAAAAUGCUGAGUCCCUGAGGUGACGACGAGGCUGUGCUCAGCAGCCCUCCUCUAGGGGAUCAAUAAACAUGUGCCACACUA